AUGGCCGUCUCAAACCGGCCCCCCGCAAACGGCUUCGUCCGUGUCAUGCGCUUCAUCUAUAACCCUAUCGGCUUCUCCAAAGGUUACAACUUCAUCCUCUUCUUCAUUUUCGGCGGAGCCCUUCUGGGCUUCACCCUAGCUCGUUUCCAAUACGUCGAUUUCCACGGCAGGUUCUGCGGUCCGCCAAAUGGCAUGGAUCACGCCUUAGCCGGCGAGUGUUACUACUACAACGUGGGCUAUGAGAAGAUCGGUAUCAUUAUGCAUCUGGUUUGCAUCCUGCCCGCGAGUUUGCUGGUCUGCUUCCAAUUCGUCCCGGUAAUUCGGCACAAGGCCCUCAUUAUCCAUCGCAUCAACGGCUACAUCGUCAUCCUUCUGGCUCUAGCAGGGACCGCUGGUGCCAUCAUGGCUACGAGGCACGCCUUUGGUGGCGGUAUGGACAUCCAAACGGGAGUUGGGUUCCUCUCCAUCAUAUUUCUUGUGUCCCUUGUGAUGGGGUACAUUAAUAUCAAGCGGCUUCAGUUAGAGCAGCAUCGCGCUUGGAUGUUGCGGGCAUGGGUCUAUGCGGGCAGCAUCAUCACAGUCAGGAUCAUUGCCUUCGCCGCAUCUGCCAUAAUUUCGAGCAUGGGGCCUUUCUAUCAACUUAGAGAGUGUGGCCAGGUCGAAGAAGCCUUUGGAAAUCUCGGCAACUGGACCGCCGUCGUGUACCCAGAGUGCACAGGCUACAUGGCAGGAAACGACACCCAUGCCCUCACGAGGGUCAAAGCCGACGUCAACGGGAGUCCCAUUGAGCUGGCCGUCGCAUUUGGAACCAUGUUUGGCGCUUCUCUCUGGCUGUCCAUCGCCUUACACGCCAUAGGAGUAGAGAUUUACCUUCGCCUCACCCCGGCCGAGUCUGAGCGACUACGAAAUAUCUCCUACCAGCGGCAAUUGGAGGCCGGCAUGAAGAAUCCUGGUGCAGCUGGCCUCACCGCAGAUAGAUUCGGUGAUUCGGACAAGUGGAAGCCCAAAUACGAAAGCUGCUCUGGCGAAGAACAUGGGCUCACGCCUAUUCCGCAGAAAGCACUCGGAGAGGAGACUACGGCAUAUCUUGGACCCGGAUCAAGCGUGCCGAUCGACGAACGGCACUCCAGUACACCAUCAGUACAACCUCUCGUGUCUCAGGGUCAAGUUCCUCCGAAUCCAGCUCGACCAUAUGCAUAUGACUACCAUAACGAACGUGGCGCCUAUUCUAGGUGA